CAACUGUACGCCAUGAAAUCCUUCCGACCCCCGAAUAAGGGUGAGGAUCAUAAGGAGUACGUCUCGAAGCUCGCCUCUGAGUUCCAUGUUGCGAAGGAGCUGCAGCAUGUUAACGUCAUCUCUACGCUUGAAAUGGUCUUGGAUCACGGAAAGACGUAUUGUGAGGUCAUGGAGUUUUGCUCCGGAGGUGACCUCUUCUCGAUCAUUCAGAAGGGCUUUAUGGGCACCGCUGAGAAGAAUUGUGUUUUUAAACAGUUGUUGAGGGCCGUUGCGUACUUGCAUUCGCAGGGUGUUGCGCAUCGCGAUAUCAAGCCUGAGAAUUUGUUGCUUACGAGCGACGGUGUAUUGAAGCUUUGUGACUUUGGAGUGAGCGAUGUUGUCGGCGUCAAGGAGGAUGUCGAAUACCUCGCCCCCGAACGUCACUGUCGUGGGAUGUGUGGGUCCGAACCAUUCAUCGCCCCCGAGGUCUUUAAGGACAAGUCUUCGUAUGAUGGGUUCAAGCUCGAUGUUUGGUCUUGUGGUGUGGUUUACUACUGUCUCUUCCACGGUGGCCACCCCUUCCAUCAGGCCGAUCCGUCGGACGUGAUGUAUGCUCGCUACGUCAGCACCCUCAACAAAGCCAAUCCGGCCGAGUUGGAGGACCCGCUUGGCAAAUGCUUCAAGCCCUUCGAUUGUAUGCCUGGGUUGACGAAGAUGUUGAUGUAUAAGAUGAUGUGUCCGGAUCCGGAGAAGAGGUGUACCUCUGCUGAGGCGUUGUUGGACAAGUGGGUGAGGAAUGUGGAGUGUUGU